UCGCGUGGGGAGCGGGUCACGUGGGUCUCGAGGCGCGUCAAGCCGCGGAUAAAUACUGCGAGGCUCCAGGCGGGCGGAAAGCGCAUCCGACCUCCUCCUCCUCCACCGUCGCGGCACCGAGAGUGCGGAGCGCCGGGUGUGCGCUCAGACCGGCCAGAGGGUCCCUGCGGGUCUGCGGGUCUGCCCGCCGCGAAAUCCAGCAUGAAAAUCCUCCUGGCCUUGGCCGUCUUAUUUCUCGUCUCCACGCAACUGUUGGCAGAAGAAAUCGGAGCCGACGAUGGUUUGAAUUAUUGGUCCGACUGGUCCGACAGCGACCACCUCAAGGAGGAGCUGCCUGAGCCCUUUGAGCAUCUUCUACAGAGAAUCGCCCGGAGACCCAAGCCUCAGCAGUUCUUCGGCUUGAUGGGCAAACGGGAUGCUGGUAAGGCAUUUCCUAUUGUUGUCUUUCUUACAGGACAUGCCCAUUUCUCCAAUAAAAAAAGACAUAGAACAGAUGCCUUUAUUGGACUAAUGGGCAAAAGAGCUUUAAAUUCUGUGGCUUAUGAAAGGGAUGCGAUGCAGAAUUAUGAAAGAAGACGUAAAUAAACUACCUAAUGUGUUUACUGAGCUUCAUUUGUGUCAAUAGUCAAUAAAAGGUAAAAAAAUGAGAAAUGCACUAUGCGGAAUAAUUAUUUAUUUAAUAAUAAUAAUAAUUGUUUUGAGUUAAAAACUCAACAAAGUGUUUAUUUUUCAUAUUGUGCCAAAAUGUGUUGUAAAAGUGUGUUAUAAUUCUAAUAUGAUGAUUCCCUCAGAAAUAGAAACAGUAGUAAUUUCUCAACAAAGCACAGUGUUCAAUGAAAUUGUAAAGACCUGUCAACAAUAUAGUCUCUGAAGAAAGAAAUCGUUUUUGUUUCUUGGAAGUAAUCACAUCAGCUCCUGCUGAAAGAAAGGACGUUCACAGAUAGGCCUGUGCUUCUCUGUUGUUUUUAUGGUGAAAAUGUAAAAAUUAUAUUUGUAUUCCUGAAGCAUGUUUUAUGCUUUGUGACUAUAUAGAAAUGUUUUAAAACAUUUUAAUGUGAUUCUAAGGUCAUCAUUUCAUUGUGUAAUGUGUUGUGAUAGUUGACAUUUUAAAUAAAAAAAAUAUCUUGAGAAA